UUUUAGAAAAAAAAAUAAUUGUUGUUGUGAUUAUUGUUAUUAUAAUUAAAGCUCUAUAUAAUAACAAUAAAAAUUUUGUCUUUAAUGAACAUUGUAAAAUCAUAAACAAUAAAAGAAAAAAAUUAAUUUUUAAUAUACAAUAAAAAGUAAUAAUAAAUAAAAAAGUUCAAUGUCAAUUAUCAGAAGAUCCCAGCAAUGGGCAACAUUUGCAAGAGUUUGGCAUAUUUAUGAUGCAAAAUGGCAAGAUCCAUAUCUAAGUGCACCAUUAAUAUCAAAAUAUUUAAUGGGAAAAACUAAGCCAAUUUAUCAUCCAAUGAAUCAAUGUGGUGAUCAUGUUGUGGUAAUUAACAGCAAAGACAUUGCUUUACGUGGUGAUGAUUGGACAAAAAGAGUUUAUUUUCAUCAUACAACAUAUCAUUCUGGUGAUACUUGGACUCUUGCUUGGGAAUUACAUAAAAAAAAUCCAACAAUGAUUGUUAAAAAAGCUGUAUAUCAUUCAAUGAAAGGAACAAUUCAACGUAGACAUACAAUGCAACGUUUACAUAUUUAUGAAGAUGAAAAUGUUCCAGAAGAAAUACUAGCAAAUGUUAGUAAUCAAAUUAAACAAUUGCGACCAGUUCCAGUAAGACUUGAUCAUAUACCUGAAGAACAAAUUAAAGAAUUUCCACGUGUUAUUAAAUAUCCAAAUGAUCAUAUUCUUACUUAAAUUUUUUAAUCUGUAACAAUUGAUUUUUUUUUUUUUUUCUUGUUUUUACAAUUAAACUGAAUUAAUAGUCAAUUUAUCGGUCAUUUAA